AAGCCACGAAGCCACACUGACUGCAUCAUUAUGUGAACAAACUCUUUUUUUGUAACUGAUGAGCUGAAAAAAGAGAGAAGCAGUUGACCGACGGACCUUUCACUAUAUAUAUAUGUAUAUGUAUGUGCGUGAGUGUAUACAUACAUUAACAUUUUACGUACCUAAGUCAUACGUUAUUAGAUACUGCAUGCUAUUUUCAUAGACAUUCCUCUUGGUGACGCUGUAUAGUGAGGUUACUGACAGCAAAACUACUAUCCGUAACAUGGAGAAAAAGUCAAGUAAUCAGAUAAAAGAAAACGAGCAACUUGUUGCUCAGGAACUCAAAGGUUUGUCAAUAUCUGAAAUUACCGAGGAAAUAUUAAUACAAUGCGGUGGAUAUGGUUUAUUUCAAAAGAAACUAACUUUCUUAAUUGUAAUAUUUAUAAUAUUUUAUGGUCAUUCACUUUUAACAAUGGUGUUUAUAAGAGAAAAGAUUCCUUUUGCUUGUUAUCCUUCGAAUUUCAAUGAAUCCAUGAUUCCAUCAAAUAUCACCUUGGAUGAAUUCUUAAAUAACAUAACUGUAGAAGAGGAGAAAUGCUCUGUGUAUAAACUGGUUUCUGAAGAAGGACUCUAUGUCCUACCCACAAUUAAUUCUACAAAGGAAACGUGUAAAUAUGGUCGAAAGUUCUAUACCAAGGAAAUCUCAUCUAUUGUAUCUGAGUUUGAUUUAGCUUGUGAAAGAGAAUGGAUGAAAAACACCGCCGUGUCUGUGAUGUUUGGGGGUUUCUUCCUGGGAAAUUUGGCAUUUGGUAUAUUGUCAGACAAAUUCGGUCGAUUCAAAACAUACUGUGCGGCAGAAGUACUUAUCAUAAUUUCCAGCUUUGCCAAAACACAGGCACCAAAUUAUAUUAUCUUCGUUAUUAUAUACUUCUUUGAAGGAUUUGGAUUUUCAGGCAAUUUUGUCAUUUUAUACACGAAUAUUAUAGAAUGUGUCUCUCAACAGUACAAGACACAUAUAAAUUUUAUUACGAAUGGAGCCUUCGCUGUUGGAGGAACAAUUCUAGCAGGUGUGGCGUUUCUACUUCGUAAAUGGCAGCAUCUAAUUUAUGCUGCAACUAUUCCACAUAUUCUGAUCGUCAUUGUGGCAUUCAAAUAUCUUCCCGAAUCUCCAAGAUGGAUCCUUAGUAAAGGGAGAUCUUCAGAAGCUGAAGAGUCCUUCAACAGGAUAGCAAGAACAAAUAAGAAAGAUAAUGAGGAUACUGUAAAUCGUGUUAGGAAACUUCAAAGAGAAGCAGAAAGCAAAUCAAAAUUUGAUGAAUAUCCAGGAAAGAAGAAUCGGAAAACCUAUACUCCAAUAGAUUUGCUAAAAACACGUCGAAGAGCAAAGAUUUCUUCAAACCUUUGGUUUAACUGGUUGGUCAGCAGUAUGAUUUACUUCGGAAUGACGCUAAUAUCUGUUGAUAUGUCUGGAAAUCGCUACAUGAACUUCUUGCUGAUGGCAGCCGUGGAAAUUCCAGGCAACAUUCUCGGAUAUUUUUCCUUUAAAUGGUUUGGUCAUCGUAAGCCGCUUUGCUUCUUCUUGAUAUUUGGUGGAAUUAACUGUAUUGUUUCAAACUUUGUGUCUAAAGUUAACAUUUGGUUACCUCUGAUAUUAGCUGUCCUCGGGAAGCUUGGCGGGACGGCAGCAUUUGUCGGUAUUUUUCUGACGUCAGCAGAACUUUUUCCAACAGAAGUACGAAACAUUGGAAUGGGUGUAGGUUCAUCAUGCGCUCGUGCUGGUGGUCUUAUUGCACCAAUAAUCAUUGGUCUCAAUGUAUAUGGCUCUUGGAUACCACUCAGUGUCUAUGGGUUCAUUGGAACUCUUGCUGGAUUCUUGAUCUUAUUAGUGCCUGAAACGAAGGAUUUGUAUCUGCUUCAAAAACUUGAAGAUAUGGAUAAUUUGUAGAGUUUGUUUUAAACGACUUCGCUGUGAGGAAUUACCUUGAGAAUCAUCUAUCCAUCUAUGUGUGCGAUAGAGCUUUUGAAAAUGUGGCAUUUGGUACCUCUCACUAAAACUCUAUCACACGCACACAAAUACACAAAUAUUAUCUAAGCUCUCUGCUGUCUAAGACAUCGUAUUUUUUUCAGUUUCCUGGGCCUUUUUAUUUAAAUCAAGAUCUACAGUGUCGUUAUAUGAAAAGUUUAGUGGAAAUGAUUAUAGCUAGGAGCAACUAGAAAGCCACGAGGAUAAAGCUCUCCCAAACUUAAACCACUUCAAAGGUAAACAAGCUUUGAUAACUAGCAUUUUCUUUUGGCCGAAAAAUGUUUGUCUCGGAUAACAGUUCUUAUUCCAAUCCCACUGAUGCUAAUCAGUUUUUUUUUAAGUCAUUCAAAACUAGCCAAAAUAUGUUAUAAGAAAAAAAAACAAUUGAAAUAUAAACAAACCGACGCUGCCAUCAUCACUGUUGCUGAGUUACUAUACACCUCCAUUCAAAACUGAUAGAACUGACUCGAGAAAGAUGAUUAUAGAAUAUAAGCAGAAGGAACUGUAGAUACAUGUACAGAACAACUCUUGGCAAAUAUAUUUUGGGAAUAAGAAAACGCGACGGAAAUCUCGUGGUAGCAUGGCUUGAUUAUAGAAAAGUAUACUACCCUGUUCUCCAUUCCUAGUAGCUAUAAUGUUGGAACCGAUAAAAGUAUCUGUUGUCUUAGUUGCUGCUAAUGAAAGGUUCCAAAAUACCUGACCAAUAGCAUUGACACUGCUGAAAGCUCGGCUUUCCUUUCUCGAGACAAUAACCCACAAUGCAUUUGUCAAACGUAUGAUACUUGACUGGUCUGUAGAGGAUAUUCAUUCUGAAGAUAUUAACACCUGCAAGAUUCAGACAUUGAUUACAAGUUACCACAGAAGACAGCGAUACUGAUACGCUGUUCAUCAGAAGAAAAGAGAUAGAACUUGGCUAAGAUCAGUGUAGAUAUGUUUUGAGUGUCGAAAACAUCCACUUAGUAAGAGUAACAAAAAUAAAUUACAUUAAGAACUAUCUCAAAAGGGGAGAGAAUAAUAUUCUAUUAGUCAGUAUCGUAUUUCUCAAAAACUAUUCACUUCACAGUCUGCUCGCUUGCGAUAUUAAAAGUGCUGGGCUGGCUUACUUUCCUGAAGACCUGGAAGUGAAACACUACAUACUACAAAACGUUAUGCAUCUUUUUGAAGUUUGCAUUUUCAGUAUAUUUCCAGUUAAGCUGACAGUAGGACUAAUAGUGACAGUAAUUCUAAUAGUGACAGUAAUUCUAAUAGUAACAGUAAUUCUAAUAGUGACAACUCGGAAAUAAGAAAACAGCAUAUUUUCAUGUUCGAAGAACACCUAAUACUUUAAAAUAUACUUUGCACUUUUAGUAUUUUUAAGCAUUUCUCUACCGUUUCAAUGUUUCAGCUUUUGUGUAGCGUGCAGUGCAAAGACUUCUAUAGCCUCAUGUCUUUGAAAAUACGAUCAAAGGGAUACAAAUUUAAUUUACAGAGCAGCUUGGUUUGAUUUUUGCCGUAUUUUAUCUCAGGAACGUUUCUCUGAAAAGUCAAGCAUUAAUUAGUGAGUAUAAUAAGGCCCCAGUUACCAAAAAAACACUUUUCCAACAUCGUGACAAAAAUGUUCACCGAUUUCAUCAUUUACGGCCUCAAGAUUUUCCGAGAAAUAUCCAACUCAGAUUACAAAAAAUGAACCUUUAAUGACAAUGUUCGUUGGUGCAUAAGAAAUCCAAAAAGUUCGCCUAUUUUAGAAUAGUUUUCGGUCUUAUGGUUUUCCAAACACAUUUUAAACUUUGUCGCACAGAUCUUUAGACUUCCUUUAACAUAUGACUCAAUUAAUGACAAUCAUCUGACCUGAAGGCCUGCAAAAGCAUUUCCUUCAAUCUUGCAUCAGAAAACUCAAAAUUACCCUCAGAUCUCUACUUAUAUUUCUAAAAGUUGCUUCAAAUUUUAGUAAAAGGCCAGUAUAUUUAGGGGCAGACGUAUGUCGAUUAGAUCGACCCGGUGUUCGAAUAGUAUCUUAGUUUAUCGCCCUUCAAAAGAUGGGUUUUGAACUCAGGACAUAAAGAACCAGAAGAAAUGCAGCAAAGCACAUUGUCCGGCGCUCUAAAGAUUCUGUCAGCAAGCCACUUCAUUUAUAUUUCUUAUAAUCCUUUCUACUACAGGCACAAGGCCUGGAAUUUGGGGGAGGGGGCUAGUCCAUGACAUCAACCUCCGGUACUCAACUGGUACUUAUUUCGUCGACCCUGAAAAGAUAAAAGUCGACCUCUGCAAAAUUUGAACUCAGAACGUUGAGACGGACGAAAUGCCGGUAGCAUUUCCCUGGCGUGCUAACGAUUCUACCAGCUCACCACCUUAUAUUUCUAAUAAUAAAGCUUUUCCCAGAA